UACAGUGUGUAGCAGAGAAAUAACACGAUUAAUGUGAAUAUUAGAUUAAAGAAAAAUGACGACACUAAGUGAUUUUAUGUCGCAAAAUCAUACAAACGAGAUAAAUCCGAGUGCAAUAAAUAAUGGAAAAUGUGUGUUACCAAAAACGACAUUGAACGAAGUGAUUCAACUUAGUGCGGAAUUUCCAAUUUCGUUUCCAAUACUUUCUGCAAAAUGCGAAUCGUUAAAGAAGAUAGUAAGUGGGGAAUUUUUGGAAAGAAAUAUUCGAUCGGUUUAUCCAAUAAUUCAUGAAAAAAUUUUGAUUUUGUAUACGAACUUUUUAUGUCAUAAACGAAAGUUUGGUUCUAAAGUUGAAAAAGAAGUUUAUAAAGAUAUGACUGUGGUGGAUUUGGUGGAUCGAUUAUUAAAAAAACGGGCUAUUUGUUUUGUUGGGGUGAUGGAUGCUUGGAAAUUAAGAGAUGGUAAAGAAGGAGUCGGUGACUGGGAAUCAAUUGGAACCGAUGACGAAACCAUUUUGCAAUUAAAAGAUUAUCUCAGUUAUGACGAAAUAAAAUUGUCCGCUUUUUUAUCGGUCUCAUCGUACACUUAUUUUAUAAACGACGGAAGCAGACAAAAUAGAGGUAUACUAGAAGAAGAUAGAACUAAAGUUGAAGACGAAGGUAUUAUUAUGGGUUUAAUAGGAGCGAGGUUAGUCAAAAGGAACAUUAUGGAAUACCAAGAUAUUGUUAUUGAUAAAGAACAAAAUAUAGUAAAAAAUGGUUAUGGAUCAACUUCUGCAGCAUCAAUCAAUUUAAUGUACUCUGAAUUUUAUAAUAAGAUAAACAUGACUUAUAGCGAAUUUUUAAACUCAGAACAUAACAUAGAUUACAUCAACUUUAAAUGGUUACAAAACGACGAUUAUUUUGAUAAUUUAACUUUCUCAAAACGAAUAUCUCUUACUUUGGAUACAUUUUUAUUAGAAGCCAAUACCAGAGCUAAAAAAUAUAUAAAUAAAUUUGCUUACGUUCAUUUAGUUGGAAUUGGUCUUGGUGUUUGGAUGAAAUCAACUCAUCAACUUGAUGUGUUUACUAGAACAGUUUCUCAACGAAUCAUAUCUUUAGGUACACAUCUCAACAACAUUUCAGAUGUAGAUUUAAGUUACAUUCAAGCUAUUUCGUGUGGUAAUUAUAAUAGUGGCGAUAAAAUUCCAAUUGAAGGUCAUCCAAACGGUGGGAUUAACAUUUAUUUAACAAAAAAUCGGCCUCAUACCCGUUUAAAAAACAUACAUGCUGGAAAAUUGAGGGUCGUUUCUUAUGCUUGGGAUGCAAACGCAUUUCCUGGAAAUGAAUACUGGUCUGGAAGUUUACAAUCGACCAGUGGUGCUGCUGCUGCUUGUUCUACACAAGUUACCGAAUUACAUAACCCUUAUAUAAAUAAAAUGCUCUGUGGGGCUAAUCUUCAUAUAGCGACCGCUGAAGAUGGUGUCAUUCAUAUUGAUCAUUUCUUGAAGUCCAUCAAUAAAUAGAACGAAUUAAUAUUAAUUGUACAUAAAUAUUUGUUUAAUUAUAGAUAAUUUUUAUACAACCAGGUGUAAUUAAUCGGUGUACUAGAGGAUUUAAUAAAGUAUUAUUUUAUGAAAUAUA